CCCGAGACGGCGGCGUUCUUGCUGAGACACAUUAGUCGUCAUUGCCUCCGAAACCACUUUAGCCCUCAGCUCUGUGUCAGAAAUGCUGCUCCUUUGGGAACCACAGCCAAAGAAGAGAUGGAGCGGUUCUGGAAUAAGAACACAGGUUCCAAACGUCCCUUAUCUCCCCACAUCACUAUCUACAGUUGGUCUCUUCCCAUUGUGAUGUCCAUCUGCCACCGUGGCACUGGUAUUGCUUUGAGUGCAGGGGUCUCUCUUUUUGGCAUGUCAGCCCUGUUACUCCCUGGGAACUUUGAGUCUUAUUUGGAACUCAUGAAGUCCCUGUAUCUGGAGCCAGCACUGAUCCACACAGCUAAGUUUGCACUCGUCUCUCCUCUCAUGUAUCAUACCUGGAAUGGGAUCCGACACUUGAUGUGGGACCUAGGAAAAGGCCUGAAGAUUCCCCAGCUAUACCAGUCUGGAGUGGUUGUUCUGGUUCUUACUGUGUUGUCCUCUCUAGGGCUGGCAGCCAUGUGAAGAAUGGAGGUUCCCAGCAUCAUCUUCCUACACAUUAUUACAUUCACCCAUCUUUCUGUUUGUCACUCUUAUCUCCAGCCUGCGAAAAGUUAUCCUUACUCAUUUAGAUCCUUUUGGGCUUUCAGAUCCCCUUGGAGCAGUAGAGUACCUUGUAGACCAUAAUAGUGGAAAAGGGUCUAAUUUGCCCCUUGUUUCUAAAGAUGAGGUGGCUGCAAAAACUCCCCUUUUAUGCCCACAGCUUGCCUACUCUGGGCCUAGAAGCAGUUAUUCCCUCUCCAUAUUGGGCUUUGAUUUAUGCUGAGGGUCAGCUUUUGGCUCCUUUUUCCUGAGACAGUGGAAACAAUGCCAGCCCUGUGGCUUCUGCCCUGGGAACUGGGGGUGAGGCUUUGGGUGCCACUGCCUGUGGGUUGCUGGCUUAAAGGACAAUUCUGUUCAUUGGUGAGAGCCCAGGCCAUUAACACCUACGCAGUGUUAUUGAAAGAAGAGAGGUGGGGGUGGAGGGGAAUUAGUCUAUCCCAGCUAGAGAGAGAUAAAGAGGGCUAGUUAGUUCUUAGAGCAGCUGCUUUGAGGAGAAAAUAUAUAGCUUUUGACACAAGAGGAAAAUCCAGAAAAUUAUCAUUGAACAUAUUAAAGGUUAUUUCUUUUUCUUGCAUUUCCAGAAAAGCCUCCUAAUUUUAUGCUUUCUUAUCCAAGUCAUAUACCAUUUUUUUCUGAAAUUGAAUUAAAAUUCUCAUUUUAUCUUUGA